UUUUUUUGGGCGACGACUGAUGACAUUUCACACAGCAAAACGAAAGAGAAGAAAAGCAAGCGAGACAUCAAGCAGACAAGGCUCACCGACUCUGACACAGUUUGAAGCAAUAACCAAGCGACCACUACUGUUGUGACCGCAAGCAUGGCUCAACCCAUCACCAACGCAGUGGACUUUGAGGGCGACCGCCACCUCAUGGAUCUGUAUUCGCGCCAGAUUGGCGCGUUUGGCCUCGAGGCAAUGGUCAAGCUGGUUCAGAUGCGCGUCCUGUUUGUCGGCAUGACAGGUGUCGGCGUUGAGGCUGCCAAGAACACCACGCUUGCAGGCGCACACACCGUUGCCCUCCUGGACGACCACCCCGUGGAGAUGCGUGACCUUGGGUCCAACUUCUUCCUCACGGAGGGCGAUAUUGGCAAGCCGCGCGCAUCGACGGUGGCGCCGCGCCUCGCCGAGCUCAACCCGCUCGUUCGCGUGCAGGCUGUUGAGGGCGAGGUCACGGAGGAGAUGCUGCAGACCUUUGACGCCGUCGUCGUGACAGACAAGAACGUCUCCAAGGAGUCACUGAUUCGCUGGAACGAGGCCUGUCGCUCCCGCACCAAGGUUGUUGUCUCCGACCGUGGCGAGCGGCAGGUCGUGCCAAACCCAACGUCCUUCCUCUACUGCUUCACUGACGGCCAGCCGCCCGGCAGCCUGCCUGAGAACUGUCUUGUUGACCUGACGGAUGUGGAGGGCAUGGUUGCGCGCAGCCCAGAUGUGAUUGCCAAGUAUGGCCCAAGCGUCUCCACAUCCGGGCCCUGGCGCACCGCCACCAAGCCCGGCGACCCCGUCAACUCGGUGCGCAUUGGGGAUACGCGCGGCUUCACGCCGUAUCUUGGUGGCGGUUUCCUCAAGCAGGUCAAGGAGCCAAAGACCCUCACCUUCCGCUCCUAUGCCGAGUGCCUCUCCCAGCCCAGCAACCUUGCCACUGGGGUGUACAGCGAGGUGCAGGACCGCGGGUUUAUCAUGAUGGAUCUCAUGUCCAUGUUUUCGCCCGGCGGCAUUGAGAUCCAGAUCCAUUUUGCCCUCCAGGCCGUCCACGCUUUCCAGCAAAAGCACGGUCGCCUGCCGAGGCCCAACAGCGCGGAGGAUGCGGAUGCGUGUGUUGCGCUGGCCAAGGACAUCAACGAGACGCUGCGGCAGUUUGCUGCGCUCACGCCUGGCACCACAUCCUCCGUCCUCUCGCUCGACACCGUCGACGAAACCGUCGUCAGGCGGUUUGCGCUGCACGCUCGUGUUGAGCUGCAGCCGAUGUGCGCGUUCUACGGCGGCGUCGUUGCGCAGGAGCUCGUCAAGAUCAGCGGCCGCUACAGGCCCAUCCGCCAAUUCUUCAACUUCCACGUCAUGCAGGCGCUGCCGGAUGAGCCACCGACAGAUACGGAGCCAACCAACUCCCGCUACGACGACCAGGUUGCUGUGUUUGGGCGCGCGUUCCAGGAGAAGCUGGCCAACCAGAAGAUCUUCAUGGUCGGAUGCGGCGCCCUCGGCUGCGAAUUCAUGAAGAACUUUGCGCUGAUGGGUCUGUGCUGCGGCGACAAUGGCCGCCUGCUGGUGACGGACAACGACCGCAUUGAGAUUUCCAAUCUCAGCCGCCAGUUCCUCUUCAGGGAGGACAACGUCGGACAGCCAAAAUCCGAGGCUGCGUCCAAGCGCGCCCUGACAAUGAACCCGAGCCUGAAGAUUGACGCGCGGCAGGAUCUGGUGUCGCCGGACACGGAGCACAUCUUUGACGACGACAUGUGGCAGAGCCUCGACCUCGUCUGCAACGCCCUCGACAACAUGAAGGCGCGGCUGUAUGUUGACAGCAAGUGUGUGCUGUACGAGAAGCCACUGCUGGAGAGCGGGACGAUGGGCACGGGCGCCAACGUCGACGUCAUUGUGCCGCACACCACCAACUCAUACAGCGACGGCGGCGACGCAGAAGCAGGUGGCGGCAUCCCCAUGUGCACGCUGCGCAACUUCCCGCACCUCAUUGACCACUGCAUCGAGUGGGCGCGGGCCAAGUUCACGGACCUGUUUGUGAGCCCGGCGUCGCAGCUGCAGCAGUUCCUGGAGGAUCCUGAGGGGUUCAUCUCGGGGCUGGAGACGAAGAUUGAGCAGCACGUGGGCGGCGAGCGGAUCGGCGCCCUCGAACGCGGCGUGGACACGCUCAAGGCCAUCAAGGAUCUCGCCGCGCAGCUGCAAGAGAAGCCGACGAUGGAGACAUGUGUGUCGCUGGCGUGGCGCGACUUUCACGCGUUUUUCCGCGACGUCAUUCUGGACCUCAUUGCCACCUUCCCCGCAGACGCAAAGACCAAGAGUGGAGAGCCCUUCUGGUCAGGCCACAAGAUCUUCCCCGAGGCGCUCGUGUUUGAUCCGCAGAAUCCGCUGCACAAGGAGUUUCUGAUUGCUGCCGCCAACCUCUACGCAUGCGUCUUCAAGGUGCACCCUACCAAGUACCCGAGCGAGGAGAACAAGCUCCAUACCAAGCGGUGGAUGGCGGAGUACCGUGACGAGUCGUGGCUGCUGUCCACGGUUGGUGGCCGCGAUCCUCCGCCGUACGUGCGGCACAAGGUCGGCGACCUCGACGACGACAGCAAGGCGGCCGCCACCACAGACGGCAGCGGUGGCAGCGAUGAUGACGCUGGUGAUGGCGACGACGAUGGUGCUGCGAUGGACGAGGCGGAGGACGAGGACCCGCAGGCCGCGUUUGAUGCGCUCAAGGGGGAGGUGCUGACCAUCGCCAAGAACGUCGGCAGCGCAACGGUGGAGCCGCUCGACUUUGAGAAGGACGACGAUGACAACUUCCACAUUGACUUUAUCGCCGCCGCCGCCAACCUCCGCGCUUCCAACUACCGCAUCCCAACAGCCACCCGCCACAAGUGCAAGAUGAUCGCUGGGCGGAUCAUCCCUGCGAUUGCGACGUCGACGGCCUCUGUGACGGGCCUCGUCAUGCUGGAGCUGUACAAGCUAGUGCAGCACAAGCCGCUGGAGGCGUACCGCAACGCCAACUACAACCUCGGCGCCAACACGUACUUCUUCUUUGAGCCGCCGGCCGCCAAGCAGCUCACAUCGUCCACCAAGAAGAAGCUCGACUCGGGCAGCUUUGAGGCGGCCGUGCAGCAGUUCAACAAGUAUUUGUCUCAAUCAGAGGAGAAGCUGCAGACUCUUCGUGCGCUCAAGCAGCAGCUGUCCGCCUUUGGGAAAGCGAGCGACGACACUAUCAACGCCGUUGACAAGGCAUUGGCUGAGGCUGAGGCUGAGCUUGAGGCUGUCGGCGACACGGCGCCGGAUGUGGACGACUUCAUGGUUGAGGAGAAGACCGUCUGCCACCCGCCCAAGUUCACAAAGUGGGACAAGCUGAAGGUGCCUGCGCAGCUGUCGAACCUCGGCGAAGUCAUCAAGUUCUUCAAGGACGAACACGGCCUCGAUGUUGCCGCGUGGUUCAUCAACAAGCGCAAGGUGUACCCUGUCAAGCCUGCCAUUGACUACUCCAAGCUCCCGCCAAUCGACAUCUCCGUUAAUGAUGCGAUGCGCCAGAUCAUGAAAACUGGCGGGACGCAGGUGAACGCCCUCAUCCAGGCGUGGCGCAAGGCAAGGAGCUCUGGCAAGAUGCCCGAAGCCACGGGCCAAGGCGACGCGCCAACCGACAAGAGCAUCAAGCGCCUGGCACAGGAGGCAGGCCUGGACACCAAGAAGAAGAAGCUGCUGGUGUUUGAUGAUGUCGCCCUGACAAACGAGGAUGGCGACGGUGUUUGAUGAUGUCGCCCUGACAAACGAGGAUGGCGACGCUGUCACCACGCCCCCCAUUGUUGUUGUGUGUGUGUGUGUGUGUGUGUGUUUGUGUGUGUGUGUGUGUUUGUGUGGCGCACAUCCUCAAGCUGUUGCUCUGUCCACUGCAACAGCCGUUCCGUUCUCUUCCCCACACCUGUCAGAGCCUCUUGUGGUUUGACCUUUCUUUUGUGUUCCGUCCACGUUAUUACAGAGUGGUGUUGUGCGCUGGUUCAGGGAAGACAAGCAACACGUGAGAGGAAAGAGAGA